AUGCUCAAAAGAGCCACUGCUGCGCAGCUGGAUGCGCUCGAGGAGGACACGCUCAACUUCCGCCUUCUCCAUUUGCAGAUGUGGUUCAUUUACUGGGUUGUGACUGCGGUGGUGUCGUUGGUGGAAGACUUCACGUUUGUGAAGGCGGUGCCUAUGUACCUGAUUUGGCGCCUGAUCUUGUCGGCGUGGCUUAUGUUCCCCAUCACCAACUUUGGCCUGCUUCGACUGCUGCAGGUGCUCACCUACAACGAGAUGCAGACUGCGUGGCAGCUGUUCUCCAACGAGGGCUGUGGCUUGGUGUACUUCCAGUACUUGGUGCCGCUUUUCCGGAGACAGACUGAGUCCAUGGGCAACACAUGGAGUGCGUUUUGGAGCCAUGUGUCCAAACAAUCGGUGAGAGACUACAUGCCCAACGACCUUGGCGCCGCUUCUUUCGCCCAUGCGAAGACAGCAGGAGAGACGCCUCCAGCCUCGGCUGAAGCCACCAAGCCCGAUAGUCUCCUCCACAAUUUGAACGGUUUGGGAGGCCUAGUGGGCGCCAUUUUUCCCACAAAAGAACUGUCGCCAGACCAGAAGGACUCCUCUUUGAGAGCUUCUGGCUCUGCGUCCCUGUUGUCUGACAGAGACUUUGCGGAGUACGCGGUGGUCGACAAACCGGGAAAUAAGGAAAGCAGUCCCGGCGUGAAACAGAGACCUGCCAUUGCUCCUGUCGUUGGGAAAGAAUCUGCCUCCUCUUCGUCUGGAAGCCGGUUCAAGAUUUGGUGA